AUGUCUUCGGAUCUCAGAUCAAAGCAGGGGAGGAAUAGAUCCAAGAGCCAGGCUUUGUGAGUAGCACAGUUCAAGAUGGUAGCUGAUAGCGGGUACAGAGGCAAGAAUCUUGCCCUCAGAAUGUUUCCGGGGACUCUGAGUUCUGGGCAGGGGAUCAGUAUGGCUGCCGGCCCUCAGUUUGGUUUCUGGGCUGCAGUAAGUCAGUGUCUGCAAAAUAUGUGGGCCCAGAGGCACUUGGGCCUGUUUCUGUUUCUACUCUGGAUGCUGGUGAUCCUGUGCUAUUUUGUGAAUACUGAGCCUACACAGAUGCUCCGGGUGUUUGGGUUCUCUGCGAUCAGCAUGAUAAUCUUGGGAUUCCUUCCUAUGUAUUGCUGUACUCUUUGCCGGAGAAGGCUUCAUAUAUUUUAUCAUCAAACAAACUGGGAUGAAAAAGAAGUGUGCGAGCUGGAGAUGUGCGGAGUUGUGGCAGCCAGCUCGGGGGAAUCUCUGCAAGUGGUGAACUACCAGGGCUCUCACACCCUUGUUCUUAAAACAUUGGUCUGUCUUUAA